GAACGGCAGCCAGUGCUUGUGCGUGGACUAUUAGCCAAUGCAGAGGAAGGAGGCGGGGCUUUUCUAAGAACACUGGUGGGAAAGAAAGCACAUCGGGUUAUAGACAAGCGCAUCUAGAAUAUUUACACUAUAUGUAGAUGGUUAGCAGGAGCAGUCGCAUAACAGCAUAUCGAACGAUUUAAACUGCGGAGAUUUGCGACGUUUUGCGACACCGGAGCUCCGGCGGGUCCAUGAACGCGGUUUGCGCUUCGGUCCAAACUCAAGAAUGUAGCGGGAAGAGAAACCGUUAACGUUGAGAGCAGGGAAGACUUCACGUGAGACGAUUAUAAGCCAAGCGAGCGCGAGCCCGCGAGUUUUCCAGCCGAGCUUGCAGCCAUGUUGGAAGAGGAUAUGGAGGUGGCCAUCAAGGUGGUGGUCGUGGGCAACGGCGCUGUAGGCAAAUCGAGUAUGAUCCAGAGAUACUGCAAGGGCAUCUUCACCAAGGACUAUAAGAAGACCAUUGGUGUCGACUUCCUGGAAAGACAGAUAGUAGUAAACGACGAGGAUGUGCGGUUGAUGUUGUGGGACACAGCAGGUCAGGAGGAGUUUGAUGCAAUCACUAAGGCUUAUUACCGAGGUGCCCAGGCGUGUGUACUCGUCUUCUCCACCACGGACAGAGAGUCAUUCGAGGCCAUCAGCAGCUGGAGGGAGAAAGUGGAGAUGGAAGUUGGAGACAUUCCAACUGUUCUGGUGCAGAACAAAAUUGACCUCCUGGACGACACGCUGAUAAAAACCGAGGAAGCCGAGGGUCUUGCUAAGAAGCUCAAGCUGAGAUUUUAUCGGGCCUCUGUGAAAGAAGAUCUCAACGUCAACGAAGUUUUUAAAUAUCUAGCAGAAAAAUACCUGCAACGACUGAAGCAACAGACAGCCGAAGAUCCUGUCGUUCACACAUCAAGCAAUAAAAUUGGCGUAUUCAACACUAGCAGCGGCAACCAGCCGAACCAGAACUGCAGCGAUCUCAACGGCCGUGAGGUCAUCAACCUGCGACCGAACAAGCAGAGAACUAAGAAGAAUAAAAUCCCAUUCGGUAGCUGCAGACUUCUCUAGAACGUCUCCUCGUAUAUGCGUUAUGCCUUGUUUGCCUUGUAGGUCCGGGGUGACAUGCAUCAACGUCGACACUAACCAGAGUCCAUGAAAGGCUACGUCUCUGUGUAAACGCUGUCGGUGCGGAGGUGGCGUUUAAACUGAGGUCAGCUUUUCCACACACCGUGGUUUCGUUACAUGUCUCUGAUUCCUGCGGAUGAGUCUCAUGUCACGUGAUCGUAGAAGUAAGGCCGGAUGUAUUUGUAACGGUGGAAUUUGUGGGAAUACGUGUUCCCUGUUGGUUGUAAAGCAGCAAUGGUUUGUGACACUCCUUUUUAACACGUACGUUUUGAUCAGGGCUUUGGGAUGAUGAUUAAGCAGCUUGUCUUGCUUUAUCACAGCCAACUAUCAAAGUAGAUUUACGAUUUUUAUUAUUAUAAAUUUUUUUUUUUUUUUUUUUUUUACAAU